UCGCGGGUUCAAAAAUCAUGUUUUUCUCUUUUCGCGAUUUGAUUUUCCUUUCUGCGAAUUUUCGUUACGAUACUUGUUUUCCGUAAAGUAAUAACCAGUUCUUUCGCUUGUGAAUAUAAUUCCCUUCGUCCGGUUUUGCCUUCCCGACGGUGCUCCACCGCCUGCUCUGGAGAAAGAUGGCCGAGAGACCGGAAUCGCCCCUUCCCUGUACAUCCACCCCGAAAUCGGAGUGUCCGAUUUGCAAACUGUUCUUUCCCAUCAAGACCAUCGAGGAGCACGUUAACGAUUGUCUGGAGGAAAGCGAAAAUAUCUGUUCGAAAGAAGCCGUUCCGAGUCCCAUAAUUUCGCAGGAGAAACCGGCACAACCGAAACGUGUUUUUGGAAUUUUCAAUUCCCCAUCCUCGGCGGCAAAACGUGUUUGCCGUGAUGGCUCCUCUUCUAAUACCCCACAAACAUCGGCACCGGCGACUCUGGCCGUUCCAGCGAGCUCAAUUGUAGAGAUUGUUGAAGAUAAUUCAAACGGCACAGACGGUGAACAGCAGGAAAACAACGGGGUGCCGAGCAACGGAAACGUUCCAGAACCGCAAUCUCCAUCACCACACACUGAGGUAGCCAAAACUAGCUGGCCAGCAGAUUCCAACAAACCACUGGCCGAACGGGUGCGCCCGGAUAAUAUCGAGGAUUACGUAGGACAGGAGCAGGUCAUGGGACGAAAUGCCAUUCUGCGCAAGCUGUUCGAUAGCGGAUCGAUACCGAGCAUGAUCCUCUGGGGACCGCCGGGAUGUGGUAAGACGACACUUGCCCACAUCAUCGCCAAUCGCUGCAAACAGAACAGCAACAGUAUGCGAUUCGUCAGUCUAUCGGCGACCAGCGCCGGCGUUAACGAUGUCAAAGAAGCGGUCAAAGUAGCCAAGAACGAGUCAAGGUUCAAGCGGCGAACGAUCCUCUUUCUGGACGAGAUUCAUCGGUUCAACAAAUUGCAGCAGGACAUUUUCCUGCCGCAUGUGGAAUCCGGUACGAUCACGUUGAUCGGUGCUACGACGGAGAAUCCCUCCUUCAGCCUCAAUUCGGCCCUACUAAGUCGCUGCCGAGUGAUUGUGCUGGAGAAACACUCGGUUGAGAGCAUGAUGAGCAUUCUGGUGCGUGCCUUGCCACAGUAUAGAGCGAAGCUGAUCACAGAUUGUGAUAACAACAACAUCCCGAACUAUGGCAAAUCUCCACUGGAACCAAGCCUUCUCAUCAGCGAAGAAACCGUCCGUUGGUUGGCCGAAACGUGCGAUGGUGAUGCACGAAUCGGACUGAACAGCUUGCAGCUGGCGCUGAGCGUCAACGUUCCGACGUCGCAGGAUGCUGCCCCACCAAAGAUAAUCUCGCUCGAGGACGUUCGGGAGGGUCUGAAAAAGUCGCACCUUCUUUACGACCGUAAAGGUGAUCAGCACUACGAUCUCAUCUCGGCGUUACACAAAUCUAUCCGUGCCUCUGACGAUAAUGCGGCGCUCUAUUGGGUCACUCGGAUGAUAAUGUCCGGUGAGGAUCCGCGAUACGUUUGCCGGCGUAUGAUACGAAUGGCCAGCGAAGAUAUCGGUAUGGCCGAUACGAAUGCACUGCAGGUGGCCACGGCAACGUUAACAGCGGUGCAAACGGUUGGAUGGCCCGAGGCCGAUUGUAUUAUCGCGCACUGUGCGGUGUACUUGGCCCGGGCACCGAAAAGCCGUGAAGUAUACGAAGCAUUCAAGGAGUGCCGUGCAUCGAUCGAGAACUGGAAAGGACCGAUGCCAUCCGUGCCAUUGCAUCUGCGAAACGCGCCGACCAAGCUGAUGAAGCAACUCAACUACGGCAAUGGGUACAACUUGAUGCACAAAGACGAAUCGGGGCUUACCUAUAUGCCGGAGGGGCUCGAAGAUCUGCGAUACUUCUAGGAGUAGAAGCAGCAUGUCCCUCUCGUUCCCUUCCCUCCAUUCACACUACUCUGUGGCUAUGCGUUAUUGAAGUACAAACGGAAGUUUCUUUCAUUUCCAUUUGAUUUGCGUGAUAAAAACGA